AGGUUGCACUCGGUAAUGAGUUUUCUUACCUGCCCCUCGAAAAUGAUGUUUUGAUCUGAAUUGAUCAGUUCGUCGACCUUGUUCAAGGCAUUGACAUCACCAUGUUUUGGCUUGCCCUUUUCUACCUUGGCUUAUCUGUCUCAUCGGUGAAAUGUAUGGACCUUCGUACCUUGCUCUAUGAUCCGGAUUUCAUUGCUGUCACCAAAGCGGGCCCCACGCCAGCCUUCACCCAUGGGCAUUUCUCCAAUGAGAUGAGGCCUCUGGUCGAUCCCCUACCCCGAUUCCGAUUCCGACGAGACAUCACUGAGCCCACAAGCCCCAGUCGGAAUGUGGAAUUUCUUCUCGAGGAGGCCCGUCGUCACGUGGAACCUGAGGUGUUGUCCCAAUUGGAUCUGACCAAGGACGAGGAUCGGAAACGUUUGCAAGCCCUCGUGGAUGAGAAGCAAGCCAAGGGAGCCAAAUAUGUCUAUCAGGUCGAAGUGCAGGAUGAGAUCAGCGAUUCCUACCUAGCCCGAACGGAGGAACGAGAUGGUCUAACCACGACUGGAUCCUAUUCGUACAGUGAUGGAUAUUUUGAGCACACGGUGGCUUACGUGGCCGAUGCCAAUGGUUACCGGGUGACCAAGAUGGAUUCCCGACCGAUUGGAGAUGGGCCGAAGCAAGACAAAUUCGGUCGGGCCAUUGUUCAGUCCUAUGUCGGAGGGGUUUCUACGCAAUAUGCCAUCAAAGCCGAGCCUCUGAAGACGGAUGACACCAAGUCCGAGUUCCGUCAAGAUGAUCUUGGUCAAUCGCCGUUAUUGCCGGCUGAUGCUCGUUUAGUGGAUUUCACCACGGAGGAAUUUCCAACCAAGAACAUCCCGGACUUGACUCCUGCGGUGGCUCAACCCGUUGAGCUUGUGACUUCACCGAAAAAGUCCAACCAAAAGGCACCCAAUCGAAAGUAGCCAAACCAGGAAAGCUAUUGAUAUGUGGUAUGUGCUAGUGCCUACGGAUGUACGCAUACGUAGUGCGCGUGUGUACGAGCAGAAGAGCAGAAUAGCAUUGCUUUGGGGGGCAUUAAUGGCAUUGCCAUCAAGUACUAUCAUUUGAAUGAGGAAUAAAUACUACUCGCAUCACAAAUGGAGCCUCAUUCGCAAUUUCAUGCCGAAGUCCAUUCCCCCGAUGAAGAGAGAAACCAAAGCGAGAAACAGCCAUGCAUGUGCUUGAAAGCACUGCUCCAGUUUUGUUAUGGUGGAUGGCGGACAAAAACAUUGAUGUCAUGUUGAGGCAACCGAAACAUGUUGGCUAUACAGUGUACAUGUAGUUCGGACGUCAUACUCUUAAGAUAACACACUGUUCGACUUUCAAUGAAUAAGGUCAUGUUGAAAUUCUCUUGGUGGGUUUUACGCACGUUAUGCAUGAUCACGUGUUAUAGGUACGACGUAGAAUUGGCAAUG